AAAACUACGCUACGUGGAGCGGAGGAGGGGGUAAUAUUUGUUUUGUAAUCAAGUUCACUAAUUACAAAUUUAAUUUAAAAAAAAGUAAAUCAGUGUUGAAUGAUAGAUCUCGAUCUCGGUGUACUCUGGAUUUGAAUGCGGGAAAAACACCUCCCCAUUCGGCGUGUGUUAAGCGGGAGGUUACGGGUUCCUUCCCUCCGCGGAGUGAUGAAUGAGUCAGUCCUGGGUCUGUAUCAACUGGAAAUGAUACUAUGUGUCCGCACUUGGUGGUGGCAACCGAACAUCCCGGAAAUGUUACAUUGUAUCCGCAACCAAAUAUCCAGCCGCCGUUCGCUAUUUUGUAACCUCAUUGACACUUGGCAACAUUCAAGGAGAGAUAUGCAGCGUUUCAGCGAUUCACAAACCAGCGAUGUUCAGAAUGGAGGAAGACAGAGCAUCCACUCCGCGAACAUCCCAGAAACUCACGAUGUACCCAUGAGAAUUAUCAUCAGGCCCUUCCCACCCGUGCUGGACGAAGACAAAGUGAGGAGCUUGAUGGAGAGCAUAAAGGACACAAACAAAGUGCAUGAUGUGCCUCCGAUAGAUGUCCUCUGGAUCAAAGGUCAUCAAGGCGGGGAUUAUUUCUAUUCAUUCGGAGGGUGCCAUCGAUACACUGCUUACCAGAGGCUGAACAUGGAAACCAUUCCGGCAAAGAUUAUCAAGUCCACCAUUACUGAUCUUCGUAUAUACUUAGGAUCAUCAACCCCUGACCUUCAGUGAUUGAACAGGGAGCAUCCUGACUGACUCAGCUAUCUCCUGAUGCUCCCCGUCUGUCUGUUAACGGAAGCAUAUAUUUUUCUAAUUACUGUUCAAGUGUGUAUGUGUGUAUUUAUGUGUAUAUAUGUAUUGAAGUCAAUGAAGAUUUGAGAUGAUGAAGCAUCUCAAGUCCAUUGUAAAGACAAGAUAGAGAUACUUCAACAAAACGUUUGUUUUUAUAUCCUUGUGUGAAAUUAAUUGAUCGACUGGACCUGAACUUUAAGGAUCUGAAGAAAGUGCGGUGUUAAGUGAAUAGCUCUUUCGUACAGCUGGCACAAGUUUUGAUAGAUGAAAUAAGGAGGAGCUGUUAACAACUGCAGGAGGGUCGAUAAGCAGAGGACACAGAUGUAAGAUGGUUGGUAGAAAAAUCAAAGGGGGAAGUAAUUGGUAGCUUUUGAAAAGAGCUAGCACAGGCAUGAUCAGGCAAAUGGCCUCCUUCUGUGCUGUAAGAUUCUAUUAUCUAACUUGUACAGCAGGUGCUAGAGCUACAGAGAUAUAAAAUAGAACCAGGGCACUACAGCCAAGGCUGAUAUGAUCUCACGUUGAAUGUGUCAGCUGUUUGAGGCUGCCCUAUGUCUCCACUGCCUUCUAUAGUUAUCAAACCUGCCAACAAUUUGAUCAACUGAUGCUUGCGAUCAGCGUAACCUCUGUUCCAAGACCUUGGUUCAUUCAGAUCGAUUUACUGGCUGCCAUGGUGAACCACAUUAGGACAUAUGUGUCUGUAUUUAUAAAAUAUUAAUGUGUGGAUGCCCAUGUCUUACCUCACACCAAAUCCCAUUCCCCCAUCACUCCUGUGCUCUUUGGCCUAUGUUAGCUCCCGGUCAAGCAACAUUUCAGUUUUAAAAUUCUCAUCCUUGUUUUCAAGUCCCUCCAUGGCCUCACCCCUCCCUAUCUCUGUAAUGUCCUCCAACCCACUGGGAUUUCUGCACCCCGGUAAUUCUGGCCUCUUGUCCAUCCCCAAUUUUAAUCGCUCCACACUGGUCGCUGUGUCUUCAGUUGCCUAGCUCUGGAAUACCCUCCCUACAUCUUUCUGUCCCUCCACCUCAUUUUGCUCCUUUAAGAUACUCCUUAAAACCUACCUCUUUGCUCAAAGCUUUCAGUCAUCCAGCCUAAUAUUGCCUCAUGUGCCUCGGUGUUUUAUAAUGCUCUUGUGAAGCACCUUGGGGAGAUUUUAUUGUGUUAAAGGUGCUAUAUAGGUACAAAUUAUUUAUGUUGUCGUUUGGUACACUCGGUUCCUUUUAUAAAACAAUCGAAACCCAUUUUGUCACACGCCUUCCUCCUUACCCAUCACAUCUUCCUGCACUGAUCUUUGUCCUGCGUUUAUUCGGCUCUCAUUUCCAUCUCCUUUGUCUCUUGUUCAGCCUUUCCUGACCUCUUUGGCUGCUGUCUGAUUCGUUCCCUAAUCUUGACGAGAACAACUAUCAAAAACCGAGUCAGCUGCUCACAGCACAGGCAUUGCACUGAUCUGGGUUAGAAGGUGUGCCUUUACGAGGAAUCUUCCAGAUUCGGCAGCUGAACCUGGGCUAUAAAGAUAAAAACAAAAAAACUGCGGAUGCUGGAAAUCCAAAACAAA